AUGGUGAGUGGGAAGCGACCUUAUGGUCAGAGGGACAACAAUGGAGACAAUAAUAGCCACAAGAGACGGAUUACCAACCAAGAUGACUGGGUUAGUGAUGAACUGGUCGUUUACCGAAUACUGUGCCCUGAUGAGGUCAUUGGAAGUGUUAUUGGUAAGAGUGGGAAAGUGAUAAACUCAAUAAGACAAGAAACAAGGGCAAAGAUUAAGGUGGUUGAUCCAUUUCCUGGUGCCAAGGACCGUGUUAUAACAAUAUUCUGCUUUGUCAAGGAUAAGGAGGAUGUGGACAUUGAUGAUGAGUUCAAUGACAGACAAACAUUAUGUGCAGCCCAGGAUGCUCUUCUUAAAAUUCAUGCUGCUAUUUCUAAUGCGCUGGCUUCUGCUGGAGAUUUAGACAGGAAUCUGAGGGAUAAGGAACAAUGCCAAGUUCUCAUCCCUUCGAGCCAAACUGCUAAUGUCAUUGGUAAAGCAGGAUCAACUAUUAAAAAGCUUAGAAGCAAGACAAGGACUAGUAUAAGAAUCAUCCCCAAGGAUGCCUCUGAUCCAAUUCACUCAUGUGCCAUGGAAUUUGACAAUUUCGUCAUG